AUGUUGUUGCCAACCGCAAUGGGUCACACAGACACCAUGAUCGCCAGCCUCAGUUGGAACAUUGUGGUCAAGACUGGCGAGGAGCACGUCACCCUGCAAGCCUCCCGGACAACCAUCCUACCUGGUACCAUAGAGGCUGGGCAGCGCCACUGGUAUCUGGACUUGGAGCGCGUCUCUCCCCAACAGGCGUCAUCCGUGGAAAGCCCUCUGGUCAUCCAUCUGGAUGAUGCCAACAACGCCGCCACUUCCUUGCUGGAAAGCUUCAUCAACCAAGACCCCCGCCAUGCCGCCAUCCUCAGGCUGGCCUUCUCGGGAGAGGCCGGCACCGUCAUCAGGUCGGAUUUUCUCUCCUACCGCCUUCACGGCUGCGAGGAUACUCCCCUGAUCGUGGGCUUCCUCGACCCUUUGUCCCCCGUGAUCGCGACGACCCCAGACCAGGCAACCCGCGUCAAGACAAGGGACGACUUCCUCUCCCUCCUCCACGCCGCCGUCGGUGGCGUCGUCGCCUGCGCCAACACCCCGGAAGACACCGCUCAAGCCCUCCGCGCCCGUCUGGACGACGAGUUCAACAAACGCCUCUCCGCCCCGUGGAGCGUGCCGCCGCAGCCCCUCGCCCGGAAACGCGUCUUCUGGGUCCAGGGCCGCGCCAACAUCGAAGCAAGCCAGCAGUUUUACAAGGCCGCCCGCGCCCUCGGCAUCACGCUCGUCGUCCUCGACGAGCCCGGCCACUGGCUCGAGGACGACAGCGGCCCGCACGCGCACUACCGCGAGGCCUUCAUCCCCAUCAGCAUCGCGGGCGACGAGAGUCUCACCCAGCGCGUCGUGGAUGCCGUGCGGGCGUACCCGCACCCCGUCCACGGGGUCGUGUGCAUCAGCGACGUGAGGCUGCCGCUCGUCGCGCGGGCGUGUGAGAUCCUGGGACUGCCCACCUCCAGCUCGGCGGCGUAUUCCAGGGCGGGGAACAAAGGCGCCUCGAGGGAGAUGGAGUCUGCUGCGUCUGGGCAGGAGGACGGUUUCGUUCUGCACUCCGCGGCGGAUCUCGAUGCGGUCCUGGCAGAGAAGGGAGGGGGUCACGCGUUGAGCUACCCGCUGAUCGUCAAGCCUUGCACUGGCUGGAACAGCGACUGCGUGGUGAAGGCGCGCAACGAGGGGGAGCUGCGGGCCGCUGUGCUUCGGGCGUCGGAGAGACACGCGGCGUCGGCGGCGAGGAGCACGAGCGUGGUGAUCGAGCCGUACGUGGACGGGCCCGAGGUGGACGCCAACUUCAUCGUGCUGGACGGCGAGGUGCUCUUCUGCGACGUCACGGACGACUUCCCCUGCUCUGCCGACCUGCCGGGGACGGAGGCGACGAAGGCUGCCAACUUCAUGGAGACCCUCAUGGACGUGCCGUCGGCGCUGCCGGACGGGGAGAAGGUCAUGAUGCGGGACUCCCUGGCCAAGACCAUCGCCCGGCUCGGGUUUCAGUCCGGCGUGUUCCACUGCGAGGCCAGGGUCCGCGGGUCGCGAGCCUACUAUGCCGUCGACCCCGCCGACGACGGGAUUCUCGACUUACACGUCCGGGAAGACGCUACCGCUGCCGCCGCCGCCGCCGCCCCGUCCUGUUUCUUGCACGAGGUCAACGCGCGCCCGCCGGGCUACAUCAACUGCGUGGCGGCCCUGCUCGCCCACGGCGUCGACUACUACGCCGUGCGGCUUCUCCUGAGCCUCGGGCCGGAGGAGGACGCCCGCGUGAGGGCCCUCUCCCGGCCCUUUCUGCAGGGAAAACCCCAGUACGUGCUGGGCAUCUCGGUGCUGGCCCCUACCCGGCCGGGCAUCAUGGGGUCGGACGACGCGGUGCGGGACUUCCUCGAGGCGAACCCGGAUCUCGCGCGCCACGUCGUGCACUACCAGACGGUCAAGGAGAGGGGCGACACGGUGCAGGGCCCGGACUCGAGCGAGCUUUGCCAGGCUGUUGUUCACUAG